AUGUGGUACAACUGCACCUUCCCUCAAAACAAUACACUCAACACCAACUGCUGCCCUUCCGGCAACGCCUCCGCCGCUGGGGAGAACAGCCUGUGUCUACUCGAUCUCGGAGGAGCAACCGCAUUCACGGACUGCCUCUACAAGACAGGCAAUGUGACGGCCCCCAAAUGCUAUUUACAGGACUGGUCGAACACAAAGCCUGACGAGUCCGCUGCAUACCCGCAAGUCGCAAAGGGAGUGAGCUGGUUCGCAAUGGCUUUCCUCGGCUUCCUUCUGCUCAGUGGAGUGACAGCUCUCCAGCCUCCGGCCGAAAACCCAGUGUGUACCAAGUUCGAGCCCGAUGCGCGAGACACGUGGAACCUCGACGCCGUUACGCCGCAGCUUUCAAUCUCCAACGCCGUGAUGUGCGGCUCUCCGGGCCACUGCAAGGUCCGAACGGGAGACCCGCAGCGGUACUACUUCGAGGUACAGUGGGCCGCGGGUGGGCCCGACGGACCUGUGCCCGUUACAGGCGACUACAAAUCGCUUGACCUGCCGAAGGAUCGCAAGUUCGCCGAGAAGGUAUGGCCUCCAGCUGUGCCCGACGAGUUCACUUUCGCACCCCAGCACUCGGGAUUCAUGGCGAUUAGAAUGAACGCAGCAAUCAUCCCUGGGACCUACAAAGCCUGCCAGAACGGCACCGAGUACAGAGGCAACGUCACAGUUCCUGAGGCCAGUGGACUGUAUUACUACGCCACUGUCAGAUCUCCGCAGGAUCCCCAUGGCCCGUCACCCGAUACGGAAUCACCGCCAACAUGGCAGGAUUCGCACUCGUAG